AUGGAGCUACGAAACAACCAGAAAUGGUGUGAGCUUUCAUACUCAGCUAAGAGGAGGAAGUGUGAGGAUGGUUCACAAUCUUCAACCUCUCACGCAAAUGAAACAAAGAGUGAGCAUGAUCGUCCCCCGGGUGUCAAGGCAGCAAAGAGUAAGAAAACGAAGGUAGAGGGGAAGGCACUGAUAGAGUUUCAGAGUAUGUGGAAUAUUAAAAAGCAGGAUAUGGCCACGAAAGAAAGGUUGUCGAAGAUGAGUCUUCUUGACAGUCUGAUUUCCAAAAAAGAACCCUUAGCUGAGUAUGAAGAAGCUCUAAAGAAGAAACUAAUCAAUGAUUUGAUGUCUAAUUAG